UCGUGUGUGAUCCGCCUUCUGACCGGGAUUCGGCACACUUCCUAGGAUCCCUUCGCGCUGACGGUACGAUCGAGCCGUGAAGGCUGGGAAAGGAGUGAGUGCGGGAUGGCGACGACAGCGGAAGGAAAGGCGGCCGUGCAGAAGGCGAAGGUGUUCAUGGUGGGAGCUGGGGGGAUCGGAUGCGAGCUGCUCAAGACGCUUGUCAUGACAGGCUUCCAUGACAUCGAACUGAUUGACCUGGACACCAUCGACGUGAGCAAUCUGAACCGUCAGUUCCUUUUCCGCAAGCGGCACGUGGGACACUCUAAGGCCAAGGUGGCCCGUGAAGCAGCCAUGUCUCUGUGCCCAUCAGCAUCCAUCAUAGCGCACCAUGGCAGCAUUCUCCAGCCAGAGUUCGACGUCUCCUUCUUCUCGCGCUUCUCCCUCGUGCUCAACGCCCUCGACAACCUCCCUGCCCGGCGCCACGUCAACCGCAUGUGCCUCGCUGCCGGCGUGCCACUCAUAGACAGCGGAACCACUGGGUUCCUUGGCCAGGUGACGGUGCAUGUAAAGGGCGUGACUCAGUGCUACGAGUGCACGCCCAAGCAAGCCCCCAAGUCGUACCCCACAUGCACCAUCACCAACACCCCUUCCAAGCCUGUGCACUGCAUCGUGUGGGCCAAGGAGCUUCCCUUCGUGGCUCUCUUUGGCUCCCGGGAUCAGGCCAUGGACCUUCACCCGCCCCCCUCUACCACUGCUGCCACCACCGCUGCCCCUGCUGCUGCUACCUCUUCUGCAGCUGCUACUGGUGAUGGUCACAUAACCAAUGACGCUGCUGCUGCUGCUGCCCCGGCACCCUCUGACAGUCACAUGGUGAAUGGGGUAGGGAGCACGGGGAAAGAGGGGGCGGAGCAGGAGGAGAAGGAGAAGGAUGGGGAAAAAGAGAGUGAGGAAGAUAGGAGGAAGAUGGAGGCGGAGGCAGCAGCAACGGAGAAGGAAGAGCGGGAGUUUUUCAUGCGGCGGGAAGGGGAGAGCGGGCGAGCCUUUGCAUGCCGUGUGUUUGACAGGAUAUUCGGGGACAACGUGGCCAGGACACUGAAAAUGGAUGACAUGUGGAAGCAUAGGGCGCGCCCCACGCCCUUGUACCUUAAAGAUGUGUUUCCCGAGGGGGUGGAUGGGGGAGACGAAGGGAAGGGCGGAAAGGAGGGGGGAGAGGGGGCGGUGGGAGUGGAGAAGAGGGUGUCUGCGAUGGUCAGUCUGGGGUUGAGGGAUGCGCAGAAGGUGUGGAACGUGCAGGAGAACGCGCGGGUGUUUCUGGAGGCUGUCAGGCUUUUUGUGGAGGAACGAGCAGAGGAGCUGGGCUCUCUCUCUUUCGACAAGGACGACCAGCUGGCGGUGGAAUUCGUGACGGCGGCUGCCAACCUGCGCAUGCACUCUUUCAGCAUCCCCCAGCAGAGUGUGUUCGCAGCCAAGGGGAUCGCGGGCAACAUCGUGCACGCCGUGGCCACCACCAACGCCAUCGUGGCUGGGCUCGUGGUGCUGCAGGCCGUGCGGCUGCUGGAGGACGAGAGCUACAGCAAGGAGCCGCGCAUGGUGUGGUGCACGGAGUUCCCCAGUCAGCGCAAGGCUCUCCUCGCCCCCCUGGAGAUGGACCCACCCAACACCAGCUGCCACGUGUGCUCUCGGACGCCCUUGAUGCUGGAGCUGAACACGCACACAGCUACGCUAGGGGAUGUGGUGGAGGGGGUGGUGCGGCGGCAGCUGUCAGCCACGCAGCCCAUGGUGAUGGUGGGGAGCGGGCUGGUGUACGAAGAAGGGGACGAUUUGGAGGAGGAUGAAGUGGCACGAUACAAGACGAAUCUGGCCAAGAAACUGUGUGACCUGCCAACGCCAGUGAGCUCGGGGUCUGUGCUGACGGUAGAGGACUACCACCAGCACUUCAAGUGCUCCAUCCACAUCAAACACAGAGAUGACAUUAAGGAGGAGGAGCAUCCCGAGAAAAUGAUUCUCCACGGGCAGUUGCCAGCAGCCGACACCACUGCCACUGCCACUGACGGGGAGGCUGGAGCUGAAGGGGGCAAAGCAGGAGAGGAGGAGGAGGAUGAGGAUGCUGUGGUUGUCAUUGAAGCGGGACCUGAUGCUGCUGCUGCUGGUGCUGGUGCUGGUGCUGGUGAAACUGUUGUUGAGAAGAGGAAGAGGCGGCGGGAGGAAGAGGAGGCAGCAGAUGGGAAGCGAGUGAAGGUGGAUGUUGUUGAGGUGUUGGAUGAGUAGCUAAUGCAUUGUAGCAUUCGGGGACCAUGCAUUCGUUUAUACCUGCCAACCAUGUGCACACUUGCACUGUAUCAUAUGACAUGCUUUUAUUAUCUGUAAUAAAUUGGAGUACGAAUG